GCCUUCUCAGAGAGAACCGGGGGCCGCCUCAGAGAGAGCCGGGGGGCCGCCUCAGAAAGUGGGGAGCCUGCUCAGAGAGAACCGGGGGUCGGCCUCCGAGACAGCCGUUGGGCCGCCUGAGGGAGAGCCGGGGGUCGUCCUGAGGGAUGGACGAGACCAGCCCCCUGGUGUCCCCGGAGCGGGCGCAGCCCCCGGACUACACCUCGGGCGGCGGCCCGGUCCCCGUCCCCGUCCCGGUCCCCGCCGCCUUAGCCGCCUUAGCCCCCGGCCCCGCCGGCGCCCCUUACAUCCCGCAGGUGCCGGGCGUCGGGGUGCGGGUGUCGGCCGGGCCGGGCCCCUCGCCCCCGGGCUCCCCGGGACGGGGCCGGGGCCGGGGCCGGGACAGGGACCGCGAGCGGCAGCCGCUGCUGGAGCGGGGCGCGGCGGGGGCCGGGGCCUGCGGGUCCGGGGGCUGCGGGACCGGGGCGGCGGCCCAGGCGGCGGGGGCCCAGGCCCAGGCCCAGGCGGCGGCGGCGGCGGCGGCGGCCCAGGCCCAGGCCCAGCGGGAGCGCAACGAGUUCCCGGACGACCCCGAGUUCGGCGACGUGGUGCGGCGGGCCGAGCUGGCCAGCGAGCGGGCCAUCUACCCCGAGCGCAUCUACCAGGGCUCCAGCGGAAGCUACUUCGUCAAGGACCCGCAGGGGAAGAUCAUUGGCGUUUUCAAGCCCAAAAACGAAGAGCCGUACGGCCAGCUCAACCCCAAGUGGACCAAGUGGCUGCAGAAACUCUGCUGUCCCUGCUGCUUUGGCCGCGACUGCCUGGUUCUCAAUCAGGGCUACCUCUCGGAGGCCGGGGCCAGCCUCGUGGACCAGAAGCUGGAACUCAACAUCGUACCCCGCACUAAGGUCGUGUACCUGGCCAGCGAGACCUUCAACUACAGUGCCAUCGACCGAGUGAAAUCCAGGGGCAAGCGGCUCGCACUUGAGAAAGUGCCAAAAGUCGGGCAGCGGUUUAACCGCAUUGGUCUGCCCCCCAAGGUCGGCUCAUUCCAGAUCUUCGUGGAAGGCUACAAGGAUGCGGACUAUUGGCUUCGGCGCUUUGAGGCGGAGCCCCUCCCCGAAAACACCAACCGGCAGCUGCUCUUGCAGUUCGAGCGACUGGUGGUCUUGGACUACAUCAUCCGCAACACCGAUCGGGGCAACGACAACUGGCUGAUCAAGUACGAUUGUCCGAUGGACAGCUCCUGCUCUCGGGACUCCGAAUGGGUAUUGGUGAAGGAGCCUAUCAUCAAACUGGCAGCCAUAGAUAAUGGGUUGGCGUUCCCCCUGAAGCACCCCGAUUCCUGGAGAGCAUAUCCUUUUUAUUGGGCCUGGUUGCCCCAGGCCAAAGUCCCCUUCUCCCAGGAGAUCAAAGAACUGAUCCUGCCAAAGAUAUCCGACCCCAACUUCGUCAAAGACCUGGAGGAAGACCUGUAUGAACUCUUCAAGAAAGAUCCUGGCUUUGACAGGGGCCAGUUCCACAAGCAGAUUGCUGUCAUGAGGGGACAGAUCCUGAACCUGACUCAGGCCCUGAAAGACGGCAAGAGCCCCCUCCACCUGGUCCAGAUGCCCCCGGUGAUCGUGGAGACGGCCCGGUCCCACCAGCGCAGCUCCAGCGAGUCCUACACCCAGAGCUUCCAGAGCCGAAAGCCCUUCUUCUCCUGGUGGUAGCCCGGGAGGACGGGGAAGCGCGCGGGCACGCGCGCUGUCCGACUUCGGGGCCGGGAGAGAGCCUGGGAAGAACUGCGGGGGGGAAAGCUGGAGAAGCAGAUGGAAGCACUCUGGGGCCCGUGAGGGAGACAGCCCUUGCCAGGGGUAGGAGCGGUAGGGUGGUCUGGGCUUCCCGGCCUUUUCCCCCUCCUCCGCUGCACCCUGGCUCAAGUCAGGGACCGGUGGUGGGAAUCUGCAGGGGAGCAGGCUGGGGGGCCCCUAGGGAAGUAGCUGACUUAUCCCCCACCUCGUCCUGGCUGCCAUCUUUGGAAUCUGCCGCCUUGCAUCCUUAACUCCCCCCUCGGUGACCGUCGCUCCCCCCACGGUGCCGGCCCGUGUCAGAAAGCGAAUGUAACCCUCGCAGCAAUAUCCAGGCGGAUCAUCGUGUCUCCAAAUGAUUCUGUUCGGAAAUGACUUUGUGUGGACCCGGGGCCUCGGACCCUGCGGCUCCCCGCCGGCCCGCGCCUGAGGGCCAGAGUUGCCCCGGGGCGGGCACGCGCUAAACGGAUGGUUUUCCGAGGCCCGGAGCCCCAAAUUCCCCCUCUUCCCAUCGCCUAGUAUCUGCUGAGCUUCCCGGCGGCCAGUGCGGUUGCAUCCUCCUUCCUCUCCCUGUGUCCCCCCGGCCCAAGAAGGUAAGCUCGGAGCCCGGGAGCUUGCCGGCCCCUUUGUUUUACUUUCCCGGGAUCUCUUUUAGCCUUGUCCGGUCCAGGCUUGCGUGUCCCUUGCCUGCCUGGCCCUUGCCAGGGGUUCACAGAGCGAGAGGCGAGGGCAGCCGGACGUGACUUUUUAAUAGGAAGAUAACGGCUCUCGGCAGGCAACUCGAUCCGCGGUGCCCGGGCAGGCAGGCGGAUUGGGAAGCGUGGUCCAGACGUGCUGCUUGAAUUCUGCGGCUCCCUGCCUUUCACCUUCCCGAGCGCUUCCCCCUGGGAGCUCAAGUCUACAUUCCUCCCCCCACCCACCCCAAGCAGGGGUCCCGGCCCUCUCCUCCGGUCUGACCGUUUUAAAUCUGUUUCCUGCGGCUAUCCGCCGAGAGCCAACCCCCGUCCCCACCCCUACCCCACCGAAGGGGCUGAGGCACCCUGUUGUCCACCUGUCCGUGCCCAGGCUUGCUCCCGGCCCUGAAUCCCGUAGGCCUGCUUUUCCUUCUUCCUGUGCAUCUGGGCAGCCCUCUCCGCCCGCUCCCACCUCCCGCAGAGGGUUCAGGUGGAACGCACUUUGGCAUGGGAAGGCGGGAGGCAGCAGUGUUGUUUACAUUCUUCUUGCCUUUUCUUCUUGCCCCCGUGGCCCGUCCGAGGAGCGAAAGGUGGAGCGGGUGGAGGGGGGGCCCCAGGGAGGGAAGCUUUCAGUUGCCUUGGUCCCCCGCCUGCCCAUGCCUGGCACCGGCCGCCCCCCAGGGAGUUAACGUGCCCCCAUCUCUCUCCUCCGGGAGACGGGAAGAGCGCGUCCUCUUCCUGGGGGAUGAGCUGCGGGUUUCCCCUAUUUAUUCACGGUCCCACCCCGACCCUAGCCUCCGCCAGGCCUUAGGUGGAAACCGCCCCGAUGGUUUGAGAAACAAGGCAAGGAGGAGGCGGGGGAAACGAAUGCCGGUUCGGGCCUGCCCGCUUCCCUCUUAUCCCGGAGCCUGAGCUGCCUCCGGCCUCUGCCAUUCCUUCCCGUCGCAGCCCUCCGGCCCUGCCCAGCGACGGCAGCGGUAGCACGCAGACGGGCCUCCCGGCCCCAUCUUAGGCAGAGUCGAAAAUGAGUCUAGCGGGCAAGCUUUGGCGUGCCACCGAGGCCAGGGCGAACCUCGUUCCCUCCUGUCCCAGCAUUGACAAUCCUAAUGAGCAGCCUCAAUUCCCCCUCCUCCCCUAUAUCCCCCUCUCCUCAAUCUCUGGUCUGAGCUUGGAUCUUUUGGAAGCAGCCCCAGGCAUUGGUGAGGUCCCUGGACCGUUGGACUCACGGAGUCCGAAUCUGCUAGAGGAGAGGAAAACGGUACCCAGUUCUGUGUUUCUUUCCAGGUCAGAGGCCCCAAGCCACCUGUCCGAGAUGGCCCGGGCUUGCGGUGUGUGAUUGUGAACGGGGAUGACCCCCCUCUCCCCCCGACACACACCUGCGAGAGGAGGUUGAGGGUCACUUUGGCAACUGCACUAAAUCAGUGAGGUGGUUUCUUCUCCCGGACUGGACAGUAUCCAUGGGGAAGUCAGUUCUGGGGAGGGGGCCCGGCCCUCUCCCUCCCUCAGGGAGUCCUUUCUCAGACCCCCGACCACUGACGAAAACCCUGGAAGUUGGACUCAGGAUGUCCCAAGAGGGGAUUGGGGAUGCGGAGGGAAGAUGGGAAGACAGGACUGGAAUAGGCACUCAGGGAGCGGGCUGGCUGGUGGGGCACGACGGAGGUCAGCGGGGUGCGGGCUUCGCCCCGGGAUGGGCCGGCCGGCAACGGCACGAAAAGAGAGCCCGUCCGUGACUGCUGCUGCCUCCGACGUAUUGUUCUAAUGCACUGUAGAAACUGUAUGUAAUGUAUUUAAACCAAUGCAGAUGUAUGAAUAACACGAAUCCGAUUCCGAUCGCC